GGUGAUUUGUGCUGGGCAGCGUACAGCCGCGGCGCAAUCACACAUGCUGACGAUAUGGAUACAGUAUGGCCGCGGCACAUUGGCUCAACUCGCUCGGUUAUCUGUCACAGUCGCUGCUAUGUCUCCUCGCAACAACUCUUCAGGUCACAAGCGUGCUCGCGGGAGAGACCACGGAGCUCUCAAGUGUGGCUUCGAUCGCCGAACCCUCGCCUACUAAGCUCCCAAAGUGCGACCGUACAUUCGUGAGUCGCGGCGGACUCGGGAACGGCACGUAUCACGCGCCCGAGCUCCACAACCCCAGCAAUCACAGUCGUCAGUGCCUCUAUACGUUCCUAUCGGCUCCGGGCCAACGGGUGUUGGUCGACUUCCGCACCUUCGACCUCCGGGGCAAGCCGCCAGAUGGAGCGGCAGUGGGGGAGCUUCCAGCGUGCAUGCACGAGUACAUGGACAUCUACUCGGAGAUGGUGUCGCUGGAGGCGGGCGAGCUAGUCAACUCCGCCUUCGGUGGACGUUUCUGUGGACCGAUCCCACCACGCCGCCGCGUAUCCCUUCACCGCGCAGUCGCGCUCGCAUUUUUUACCGAUCUUACCUACACGCCGCCUACACUUUUCGCAGGAACCUAUCGCUUCAUCAACGCAUCGGAGUUCGAAGUGGGGACCCCGGUGCCGAACACGCUGUGCUCGUUCGUGAUCGAGGCGAGCAAGCGCAAGACGGGCCUGCUGCUGUCCCCGACGUACCCGGGAAUCUACCCGAAGGACAUCGUGUGCAACUACCAGUUCAAGGGCCAGCCCGGCCAACGCAUUCGACUCGAAUUCCGAGACUUCGACCUAUUUUUCGGCGGACCACACUGCCCGUUCGACUGGGUACGCGUGUACGACGGGCCCGACAACUCGUCGGCCGUAAUCGGCACAUACUGCGGCCAGCAGCGCAACCUAGUGUUGUACUCGAGCGACGAGCGCCUCCUAGUCACCUUCUAUACUUUGCACAGAUCGGCCAAUACGCAGAACCGCGGUUUCAAGGGUAUCUUCGAGUUUUCAGAGAGUUUUGUUAAGUUAGAUUUUAUAAGUAAACACGACGCCGAGCACAUUAGGGGCUCGGAGUGCGAUCAGAAAAUACUUAGUAAAAAAGAAUCUACAGGAUUCGUGUACCAUCCAAAUUAUCCAUUCCCGUAUAUACAAAAAGUUGUUUGUAGAUAUUUUAUAUAUGGUAUGCAAGAUUCCCAAAAUUUGGAGAGAGUCCGGUUAGAGUUCCAGAACUUUUCUAUUUCAAAAACUAUACCAAAAGGAGAGAGCCCCAAAGCGGACAGCGCAUGCCCAGAUGGAUACCUGAAGGUAUACCUCCGCGGCCAGGAGGCCACAGACUCAUAUGACAAGCACGAUGCGGAAUUGUGCGGGGAGAGGGAGGUGGGCCCACCCCCGUAUCCUCCCCCCCUGCUGUCUGACGGACCUCGCCUGGUCAUGGUGUUCAGCUCCGGUGACUACCAGGGACGAGGGUUCAAGGCUAAAUACACCUUUGAGACUGAAUACCGUGUGCCGGGCACGGCGGCACCCGACGGCGAAUGCGCGUUCACGUAUCGUUCGGAAGCGAAGAAGCGCGGCGAGUUCAAUUCCCCCCGCUACCCCUCCAACUACCCCUCGCGCACCAACUGCACCUACACGCUGGUGGCCACGCCCAACGAACAGGUCACCGUUGUGUUCGAUCACUUCAAAGUGCGCGCUGAUUCGUGGAACGCUACAGCUGGAUUGUAUGGCGGCGCGACAUGCAUGGAAGAUUGGGUGGAGGCCUGGUGGACGGGUCGCGAGGGCAGCCGUGUACCGUUGGGGCGCUGGUGCGGGCCUGCCACGCCUGGCCCGCUGCAGUCCCCACGCGGAGCCCUAGGCCUUCUCAUCGCAUUGCACACUGACUAUGAAUCGGUGGCGUCGGGGUUCAAGGCGCGAUAUGUUUUUGAGCCAGCGAAGUCUAUAUUCGGCGACUGCGGCGGCAACGUGUCGGGCUCGUCGUGGGGCGCGGUGACGUCACCGCGCUACCCGCAGCCCUACGAGCCGCCGUCGCGCGGCGCGGCGUCGCGGGUGUGCAACUGGUUCAUCACGGCGCGUCCCGGACGACGCCUGCUCAUCAACUUCGACCACUUCGCUGUGGAGGGGCAUCUCACUGAGCGCGGUUGCCCGGCGGCCGUUUUGCGCCUGUGGUACGAGAGCCCGGGCCCGCCGCUCGAGCUGUGCGGUGAGAAGGCGCCUUCGGACCGCUGGCAGUACCUCUCCACCUCUAACUCGAUACGACUCUCGUUCAUAAUAGCGGACAAGUCGGUGGGCGCGGGCGGCUGGCGAGCCAUCUGGUCGGAGGUGACGGUGGGCGGCACGGGCGACAACUGCCCCGCGGCGUGCGCCGGCGCGUGCCUGCCCGACCGCGCCGCGUGCUCCGGCCUGCAGCACUGCGCCGGCCAGUCCGCUGCCAAGCCGGAUUACUGCGGUGCGGCGUCGGGCCAGGCCGUGCCGCGCGCCACGCUCGUCGUCCUCUCGCUUGUGCUCGCCGCCCCGCACUGACCGGGCGCUGCACACGUGAGUCUAUAUAUUCCUUCACCCUCCCCCUUCACACCGCUUCCACAAUGCCUUCGCUAUCGCCUUGCACGUGGUGCCUCUAGUCCUAUCAUUCUGCUCAGCUU